AUGACGGCAGUUCCUUCUGAUACCAGCAUAUGCAUUUUGCCGCUACCAAACAUCAAAUUUCAAGGCGGAACAAUCGAUUACCAGUACGUACUAUCACAACAUGGGGCUUUCGAUAUCGGCCAGGAUACCCAUGAUGGGUUCGUACCCCAGAACAUCCCUCAGGGACUAGCUCACUUCCCAACCGACCUUAAUCCGACCCGUUUUGAACCAAGCAUGAGUCAAGAUCAAUCAAGCUCAUCGGCUUUGGGCGCGUACUGCCCGAACGACCCCGAUUCCCUCUAUUCUGAAGACUAUAUCGCAACGUUGGGCCAGAAAAGGCCAUCGUACAGGAAGGUCUCUCAUCCAUACAAAGGAGUGCCUUUCGUCAGAUCUGACACACCUCCUCCCUCAGCACUAUCGCAGUCCACUCGAAAGACCUCAACGUUGCAGGUCGAAUCUGCUGUAAUUGAUCGUGUGAAGGAGGAUGCCUCACGAUUCCUGAACUUGUCUCUCUCGCGCACCCUAUGGCAAUGGAGAGGAUGA